AUGAAGUUCCAGAGCGGAGCUGACACCACAGCCUCAUGGUACUCCAUCUACAUAGUCAUCGUCACCCUUCUUCUCGUCAGUUCCAUCGACGGCGACUUGUUCAUGGAGGAUCACGGUGGCGCCGUCAACGCUUCUGAUCAGCUGAUCCCCAUCGGCAGACUUUGCGACGAAAUCUACGUGGUCGGAGAGGGAGAAACGUUGCAUACUAUAAGUGACAAAUGCAAGGACCCUUUUAUUGUGGAGCAGAAUCCGCAUAUUCAGGACCCUGAUGAUGUUUUUCCAGGGCUUGUUAUCAAGAUUACUCCCAGGCCUUGA